AUGGUUUUUGGCAUAGCCCCAGCUCCAGCCAUCUGGCAGCGGAUCAUGGAUGAGGUACUGGCAGGAAUACCUUUCACCCAAUGUCUACUGGAUGACAUGCUCAUCACUGGUCCCACUGAUGAAGAACACAGAAAGAAUGUUGAAGCUGUGCUAGAGAGACUCCAAAAGUAUGGUUUACGUGUCAAUCUUUCAAAAUGCGAAUUUCUCAAGUCUCAGCUGGAGUUUUGUGCCCACACGGUGGACCGACAUGGGUUACACACUACUGAAGAAAAGGUUAAAGCCCUUACCCAUGCCCCUACCCCCCGGAAUGUCACCCAGCUCAGGUCUUACCUUGGCCUCCUAAAUUACUACCACCGUUUCUUGCCGAACCUAGCACACCAGCUCUACCCAUUACAUCGCUUACUGGAUGCAAGAGCUAAAUGGAUAUGGACAGACAAAUGUGAAGAAGCUUUUCGGCUUUCUAAAGAACUCAUUCUGUCUUCUCGAGUUCUGGUCCACUAUGAUUUAAAGAAACCCGUCAUCCUGGCUUGUGAUGCCUCGCCUUAUGGACUGGGUGCCGUGCUUUCCCAUGUCAUGCCGGAUGGCACGGAGCGCCCCAUUUCUUUUGCCUCCAGGUCUUUAACCUCAGCGGAACAAAACUACUCCCAGAUUGACAAGGAAGCUUUGGCCAUUGUAUGGGCCACAAAAAAAUUUCACGCGUACAUCUAUGGUCGGGAGUUCACACUUAUCACUGACCACAAACCUCUGUUGUCAAUACUGAACCCUCAGAAAGGAAUUUCUACAACAACUGCAUCUCGCUUACAAAGGUACGCUUUAUUUUUAGGAGCUUAUGCUUAUUCUAUCAGAUACCGCUCCCAUGAUACCCAUGGCAAUGCAGAUGCUUUUUCCAGAUUGCCACUAAGAGAUGACCACCCACUAAGAGAGACUGGAUGGCCAGAGAGAGUUUCAGGUGAAUUUCGUCCGUACUUUGCCAGAAAAUGUGAGCUUGUGACUAAUACUGGUUGCCUACAAUGGGGCAAUAGAGUGAUUGUACCCCAGUACUUGCAAUCAACCAUGCUAAGGAUACUGCAUGAAGGCCAUCCUGGUGUGGUGCGCAUGAAGCAGCGAGCCCGGAGCUAUGUUUGGUGGCCACAAAUGGAUACAGCAAUUGAAGAUUAUGUUGCUCAAUGUCCUGGGUGCUGUCAAGCCCAGCGACCCCAAAAGAGAGGAACCCUGCAACCUUGGCCAUGGCCAACAGAACCGUGGUCCAGACUCCAUCUUGAUUUUGCUGGCCCCAUCCAGGGUAAAAUGUAUUUGAUCGUGGUAGAUGCGCAUUCAAAAUGGCCGGAGGUUUUUCUAAUGCCUUCUAUUACCUCAGCUGCUACCAUUCUAGUCUUAAGGAAGCUCUUUGCUCAAUAUAGCUUGCCAACAGCCAUAGUCUCCGACAAUGGAACUCAAUUUACAUCGCAUGAGUUUCAAUCCUUCCUUAGUGGCUUGGGCGUCCAACACUACAAAACAGCUCCUUAUCAUCCAGCUUCAAAUGGGCUGGCAGAACGAUUUGUGCAGACAUUUAAGAAGCACUUACUGUCCACUCUGGACCAGGUUGGACUGUCAGAAGAGAAGCUGCUGGAAUUCUUGAUCAUGUACCGUAACACGAAACACGCUACUACUGGGCUGUCACCGGCUUUUCUUAUGUUUGGCAGGCAUCUCCGCACCAAACUUGAUUUAGUUCGUCCGCAGGAACAGUCACCAACACCUCCUCCGCCGGGCCGUCUGGGAUUCCGUGCCGGUGAUCUUGUAUGGUCUCGGAAUUACAGAGCUUUGCCUCCUUGGCUUCCGGGCGUUAUUGAUGGAACUCUUGGCAGAAGAAUGUACCUUGUCCGCCUGGAGGAAGGCAUUUGUGUUCGGCGACACCUUUCACAAUUGAGGAAACGCAUUUGCCGGCCACUAGUGACAAAACCGACCCCUCUUUCUAACCACCCACCAGAGUCUACUCUGAACUCUGCUGGUGACAUAUGGCAUGGUGUCUGGCAUGAUCCCACAAGUUUACAACCAAACCCUGAACUGGUUGGUGACCAUAUUCCUGAGGAGCCCGGACAUGUGCCUGGAGUUACAGAGCCUGAUUUGUCUGUGGGACGCCCACUGACAUCUCCAGAACCCUUGACUGACUCUAUCCCUCCCGGUGCUGUGCCUCUGCGUAAGUCUACCCGUCAAAGACGUCAAACGCCUCGCUGGCAAAGUGCUGAAAUCUUACGGGACACAUUGGAGGUCAGGGAACAGAGACAAAGGGCUCAUGAAGUGCUGCGGAAAUCACAGAACUGA